AUGUUCAGAGUGAAAAAGGUGAAGCUCACGAAAAGUCACUCGUGCCCAUUGUGGCAGAUAAUUGAAUUUCCAGUUUUAAAGCUCAAUGAAAAGACCAUGGAGAUCAAAUCCAUAUUUCACACCUAUGUAUAGCCUGUCUGUCACCCACACAUCUACCCCUUGUGCAUGCAGUGUGGCGGUAAUAGAAUCAACCUGCAUUAUUCCUUUCCUCUUUGGCUGCCAGGACAAUGCCAGCACUUAGGAGUGCGGGCUCCUGAUUACUUCAAGCAGUGGAUUAAUCUCAAAAAGCCCGCUCUCCCAAUGCCUUCCCUGCGCAAUCUCUAA